CGGCGACUCAAGAGAGGCCAAGUGGGUCCAGGCAGUGCCCGCGCCAGGCUCUGAGCUGCAGCCCCAAGGGCGGGGGUCGAAGGAAGAGGCGGAGAGGCGGCUUCACGGAUAAGCUUUUGCAGGCGACGCUCUCCGCCCGCCGGACGGGAGGCGGGGUAGCAGCCCGAUUAAAGAAGCAGCCUGGAAGGAAGGAAGGAAGGAGCGAGGGAGGGACGGGAACGGCAGGAGGAGGAGCAGCGAGCUGGGCUGCAGCUGCGGCGGGAGGAGGAGCGGCCCCCGCGAGGCCACGUUUUGUUUUUGUUAUUUUCCACUGGAGUAGUUGCCGGAGGCCUUUCCUGAGGACUGACCGCGCCGCAGCCCUGCAGCCCCGACCUUCCAGGUGACAGCCGGUCACCCUGGUAGGAGUCAGCUCCGCCCCAAGUCACCCCCUCCCGCCCACAGCCCCAUUCCCCGCCCAGCCACCCAGUGUCUGCCCGAGGCGAGCGCGGCGGCCGCAGCGGGGCUGCAGCGCUGGAGCCGGCGGCCGCGGGGACCCUCGGCGUGGUCCUCUGACCCUGCAAACCCGCGACGGAGGAAGGGGAGGUCCUGCCCGAGGCGCCAGCCCGAGGAGGAGGAUGCCCAUUUAACCCGCCCUCGCCUGCCGGGCGCUUGCCUCGGUGCCCGCCGCCGGAGCCUCCGAGCCGCGCCCGUGGAAGUGCUGCAUGGGGCAGGGCUGCUGAAGCGCGGAGUUCGGGGUCGCGCCGCUCCCAGGCAGGCGCGGGAGCCGGGUGCGGCAGUUGGCACAGUUUCGGCGGCGCCUUCUGCGCGGGAGUGGGGGGCGCGGUGCGCCCGGCCGGCCUCCGCGGUGCCCUGGUGAGGCGAGAGUUAUGGAGCCGCCCAGCUGCAUUCAGGAUGAGCCGUUCCCGCACCCCCUGGAGCCCGAGCCGGGCGUCUCAGCUCAGCCCGGCCCCGGGAAGCCAAGCGAUAAGCGGUUCCGGCUGUGGUACGUUGGGGGGUCGUGCCUGGACCACAGGACCACGCUGCCUAUGCUGCCCUGGCUCAUGGCCGAGAUCCGCAGGCGCAGCCAGAAGCCCGAGGCGGGCGGCUGCGGGGCGCCGGCGGCCCGCGAGGUGAUCCUGGUGCUCAGCGCGCCCUUCCUGCGUUGUGUCCCCGCGCCGGGCGCUGGGGCCUCGGGGGGCACUAGUCCGUCGGCCACGCAGCCCAACCCGGCGGUAUUCAUCUUCGAGCACAAGGCGCAGCAUAUCUCGCGCUUCAUCCACAACAGCCACGACCUCACCUACUUUGCCUACCUGAUCAAGGCGCAGCCCGACGACCCCGAGUCGCAGAUGGCCUGCCACGUUUUCCGCGCCACAGACCCCAGCCAGGUUCCUGAUGUUAUUAGCAGCAUAAGGCAAUUAUCUAAAGCGGCCAUGAAAGAGGAUGCCAAACCCAGCAAAGAUAAUGAGGACGCCUUUUACAACUCUCAGAAGUUCGAAGUCCUGUACUGUGGAAAGGUGACCGUGACCCACAAGAAGGCCCCCUCAAGCCUCAUCGAUGACUGCAUGGAGAAAUUCAGCCUGCACGAACAGCAGCGCCUGAAGAUCCAAGGCGAGCAGCGCGGUCCGGACCCAGGAGAGGACCUGGCUGACUUGGAGGUGGUGGUGCCCGGGUCCCCCGGAGACUGCCUGCCGGAGGAGGCUGACGGCACCGACACCCACCUUGGCUUACCUGCCGGGGCCAGCCAGCCUGCCCUGACCAGCUCUCGGGUCUGCUUCCCUGAGCGGAUUUUGGAAGAUUCUGGCUUUGAUGAGCAGCAGGAGUUUCGGUCUCGGUGCAGCAGUGUCACCGGCGUGCAACGGAGAGUUCACGAGGGCAGCCAGAAAUCCCAGCCGCGACGGAGACAUGCCAGCGCACCCAGUCACGUCCAGCCCUCGGACUCGGAGAAGAACAGGACCAUGCUCUUCCAGGUUGGGCGAUUUGAGAUUAACCUUAUCAGUCCAGACACUAAAUCAGUUGUGCUAGAAAAGAAUUUUAAAGAUAUCUCCUCUUGUUCUCAGGGUAUAAAGCAUGUGGAUCACUUUGGCUUUAUCUGCCGGGAGUCUCCAGAGCCUGGACUUAGCCAGUAUAUUUGUUACGUAUUCCAGUGUGCCAGCGAAUCUCUGGUUGAUGAGGUAAUGCUGACUCUGAAACAGGCCUUCAGUACGGCGGCUGCCCUGCAGAGUGCCAAGACGCAGAUUAAACUGUGUGAGGCCUGCCCGAUGCACUCUUUGCAUAAGCUCUGUGAAAGGAUUGAAGGUCUCUACCCACCAAGAGCCAAGCUGGUGAUACAGAGGCAUCUCUCAUCACUGACAGAUAAUGAGCAAGCUGACAUCUUUGAAAGAGUUCAGAAAAUGAAGCCAGUCAGUGACCAGGAGGAAAAUGAACUUGUGAUUUUACACCUGAGGCAGCUGUGUGAAGCCAAGCAGAAGACACACAUGCACAUUGGGGAAGGCCCUUCGACUAUUUCAAAUAGUACAAUCCCAGAAAAUGCAACAAGCAGUGGAAGGUUCAAACUUGACAUUCUGAAAAAUAAAGCUAAGAGAUCCUUAACUAGCUCCCUGGAAAAUAUCUUCUCAAGGGGAGCUAACAGAAUGAGAGGUCGGCUUGGAAGUGUGGACAGUUUUGAACGGUCCAACAGUCUUGCUUCAGAGAAGGACUACUCACCAGGGGAUUCUCCACCAGGGACACCGCCAGCGUCCCCACUGUCCUCAGCUUGGCAAACGUUUCCCGAAGAGGAUUCCGACUCCCCGCAGUUUCGAAGACGGGCGCACACGUUCAGCCACCCACCUUCAAGCACAAAGAGAAAGCUGAAUUUGCAGGAUGGGAGGGCUCAGGGUGUGCGUUCCCCUCUGCUGAGGCAGAGCUCCAGUGAACAGUGCAGCAAUCUUUCGUCAGUUCGACGCAUGUACAAGGAGAGUAAUUCUUCCUCCAGUCUUCCAAGUCUUCACACUUCCUUCUCUGCCCCUUCCUUCACUGCCCCCUCUUUCCUGAAAAGCUUUUACCAGAAUUCAGGUAGACUGUCCCCACAGUAUGAAAAUGAAAUCAGACAAGACACUGCUUCAGAAUCAAGUGAUGGAGAAGGGAGAAAAAGGACCUCAUCUACCUGCAGCAAUGAGUCCCUAAGUGUGGGAGGAACCUCUGUCACUCCUCGCCGGAUCUCCUGGCGGCAGCGCAUUUUCCUCAGGGUUGCUUCUCCCAUAAACAAAUCUCCCUCAGCAAUGCAACAGCAAGAUGGAUUGGACAGGAACGAGCUGCUGCCACUGUCCCCCCUCUCUCCAACCAUGGAGGAGGAACCGCUGGUUAUAUUCCUGUCUGGGGAGGAUGACCCAGAAAAGAUUGAAGAAAGAAAGAAAUCAAAAGAACUGAGGAGCUUGUGGAGAAAAGCUAUACACCAACAAAUCUUGUUACUUCGAAUGGAAAAAGAAAACCAGAAACUUGAAGCAAGCAGAGACGAACUCCAGUCCAGAAAAGUUAAAUUAGACUAUGAAGAAGUUGGUGCAUGUCAGAAAGAGGUCUUAAUAACUUGGGAUAAGAAGUUGUUAAACUGCAGAGCUAAAAUCAGAUGUGAUAUGGAAGAUAUUCAUACUCUUCUUAAAGAAGGAGUUCCCAAAAGUCGACGAGGAGAAAUUUGGCAGUUCCUGGCUUUACAGUACCGACUCAGACACAGAUUGCCUAAUAAACAACAGCCUCCUGACAUAUCCUAUAAGGAACUUUUGAAGCAGCUCACUGCUCAGCAGCAUGCAAUUCUUGUGGAUUUAGGAAGGACGUUUCCUACUCACCCUUACUUUUCAGUACAGCUUGGGCCAGGACAGCUGUCACUGUUUAACCUCCUGAAAGCCUAUUCUUUGCUGGACAAAGAAGUGGGAUACUGUCAGGGGAUCAGCUUUGUGGCUGGAGUCCUGCUUCUGCACAUGAGUGAAGAGCAAGCCUUUGAAAUGCUGAAAUUCCUCAUGUAUGACCUCGGCUUCCGCAAGCAGUACAGACCUGAUAUGAUGUCGCUGCAGAUUCAAAUGUACCAGCUGUCCAGGCUCCUUCAUGACUAUCACAGAGAUCUCUACAAUCACCUUGAAGAAAAUGAAAUCAGCCCCAGUCUUUAUGCUGCCCCCUGGUUCCUCACAUUGUUUGCCUCUCAAUUUUCAUUAGGAUUUGUAGCCAGAGUUUUUGAUACUAUUUUUCUUCAGGGAACUGAAGUUAUAUUCAAGGUUGCACUCAGCCUACUGAGCAGCCAAGAGACACUUAUAAUGGAAUGUGAGAGCUUUGAAAAUAUUGUUGAGUUUCUUAAAAACACGCUACCUGAUAUGAAUACCUCUGAAAUGGAAAAAAUUAUUACCCAGGUUUUUGAGAUGGAUAUUUCUAAGCAGUUGCAUGCCUAUGAGGUGGAAUAUCAUGUGCUACAGGAUGAGCUUCAGGAAUCUUCAUAUUCCUGUGAGGAUAGUGAACCUUUGGAGAAGCUGGAGAGGGCCAAUAGCCAACUGAAAAGACAAAACAUGGACCUCCUAGAAAAAUUACAGGUAGCUCAUACUAAAAUCCAGGCCUUGGAAUCAAACCUGGAAAAUCUUUUGACGAGAGAGACCAAAAUGAAGUCUUUAAUCCGGACCCUGGAACAAGAAAAAAUGGCUUAUCAAAAGACAGUGGAGCAACUCCGGAAGCUGCUGCCCGCGGAUGCUCUAGCCAAUUGUGACCUGUUGCUGAGAGACCUAAACUGCAACCCUAACAACAAAGCCAAGAUAGGAAAUAAGCCAUAAUUGAAGAGGCACGGCCUCAGCAGAAAGUGCUCCUUAGAAUACUACAGAGAGGAAGAGCCUGCAUGUCGCUGGCCCAAGGCUGGACCCUGAAGCUGAUGGAACCACCUAAUACUGGUGCUGGGCCCCUAGUCACAGCAGGUGGACCUCGUGCUCAUCAGAGCGUGCCAAUCCUAAGCCAUUGGACAUAUGUAGACUGGUUUUUGUUGUUGCUAUGUACAUAUAAAUAUAUGUAUAAAAUGAACAUAGUUCAUGCUUUCAGAUAAAAUGAGUAGAUGUAUAUUUAGAUUAAUUUUUUUAGUCAGAACUUCAUGAAAUCCACACCAAAGGAAAGGUAAACUGAAAUUUCCCUUGGACAUAUGUGAAAUCUUUUUGUCUUUAUAGUGAAACAAAGCCAGAGCAUCUUUGUAUAUUGCAAUAUACUUGAAAAAAAUGAAUGUAUUUUUUUCUCCAAAGAACAGCAUGUUUCACUCAAUGGUGAAAAGGUGGAAACAUUUAUGUAACUUUAUGUGUAUCUGUCUUAAUAUCUACUGACAUUGUCUAUAUGAGGAAAAUGAUUACUAGUCAUGCUCCUGUGAGUUUUUUGGGAAGGUAGGGUCAUUUCUCCCUGCCUGCUUUGUGCCAACUAGCAUGUUGCAUCUACAUGCAUUAUGAGUCUGGUUAGGCAUUACUUUAAACAUACAUAAAGAGACAGUAGGACAUUGUGGCUGAGUCUACCCAGCUCAAGGUAAAGGAGAAUGUUGCUAAUUUUUUAGCAAACUAGACCAGCAUUAUUACUCAAACUAAAAAUAUCACACCUGAAAAAUUUAAUUUAGGACCUAAAAUGUCUAGAUUAGCUUUCUGCUUUUUUUAUUUAAAUAACUCAUUCAGUUGUGAAUGAAUUCCUCUUUAUUUGGUGCCACAGUCACCAAAUGACAAGGAUUUGCCACUUUCCCACCAAAUUGUGAGUGCUUGUAAUUUAGGUCUCUCUACCUUAAAUUCAGUUAUAAGGAAAUGUAAUUAUGAUUGAUUUUUUCCAAAGAUGACAAGCUGUGUUGAAAUACAUUUUUUCUUUUGACCAAUUGACAGAAUCUAAUAAGCUUUAAUAAUCUUCCCCUUUUAUGUGAAAAGUUUUGAGAACUGUGAAAUGUUUAGGAACAAACUGUUGAAAUCCAUUGGAAGGGAAAAAGAAAGUGGUACCAGUGUUACCAGCUCAAUUAAAACCUGCAAUUCUGCAUUUCAACUCUUCACUUCCUCAGCCUACAAAUAGCUUGUUAGAUGACAUUCACGCAUGCUGGGUAUAGGCAAGGAAAGUAAUUUUCAAAGUACAUUUGCAGUUCUCUUUUUCAGAGAUGAUUCUAUGAUAGUGCCUCUGAAAGUUGAUGCAGCAUUUUUGCCUUUCCAAAAAGUAUUUAUCCUCACUGCUUUUUGCAGUACUUGUAUUUUCACAGAUGGAUUAUCUGGGGUAAUUUUCUUCAAAGGGAGUUUGUUAUACACAGUGAAAAUGUAUUAUAGAGUAGAAUAGUAAAGCUCUAGGGGUUUCAGAAAGCUUUGAUGAACAGAUGACAAACAUCUGAAACCCCCUCUACACUGUUACCCAGUGUGUAUAUAAUGACUUGUUAUAGCUCAGUGUGCACUUGAAUCCAGUUUCUUAAAAGACAAUAAAAUCUUAUUAAUAAAGUUAAUGUAACUUCUAAGUUCUAGAAAAUGCUGAUUCUGUCUGCCCCAUUCAAUUGGGGGCUACUAAUUGAUUUGUUGCUUGGAUUUCCUGAGAAUUUCUCUAUUUGUAGGAGGGGUUUUUUCUUUUUACUGUCUGUUGAUGAAAAUUACUUUAUGGGUGUGAUGCACAGAUGGUAGCCAAGGAAUCUGUUGGGGAAGUUUGGAAAGAAACCUUUUCUUUCUUUUAUUCAGUUUAAAGUAAACUUUAUCCUGGAUGUUUAGAAUCAACAUUAAAAGUUUUAUUAUGGUGUUCAGAGAUUAAGCUGACUUGGAUACAAUAUUUUCUUUUGAAAAUGAAUUUUCUUUUUCAUUUGUGAUUUUUAAAAAAUGUUGCACCAGUUAUGCUUCAUGCAUUGUUACAUCUUCAUCAGGUUAAUGUAAUGUCUAGUUCCUUUGCAAUAAAUAUAUUGCUGCAGCUUU